AUGAAGCUAUUGAAUGUAGAAGCUGUGCUCGAUAGAGACAAAGGCAUUCAACAAGCAGGACACAAACCUGACAUCAUGAAGGAACUUGAUGACAACACCACAAGCUAUGCCAUACUGUCACAUCGCUGGGGAGCCGAGGUUAGUUAUGAAGAGAUGAUUGGGUUGAUGGAGAUGGAGGAACAGCAGAGGGAAGAAAUCAGGCAGCGCUACGGCUACCAGAAGAUCAUCAAGAGUUGCGAGCAAGUCACGAAGGACGGCUACAAGUGGUUGUGGGUCGAUACCUGCUGCAUCGACAAGCGGAGCAGUUCGGAACUGUCGGAAGCCAUUAAUUCGAUGUGUCGGUGGUACCGAAAUGCACAGGUGUGCUAUGCUCACCUCAAUGAUGUCGACGCAUCUGUCUUCCCCACCGAACGAAACAACAACAAGUUUGGCGAGUCCAACGGUUGGCCGGAGUGGUUCAUGCGAGGCUGGACACUACAAGAGCUCAUCGCACCGAAGCAAGUGGCAUUCUUUAACAAAGACUGGGCGCAGAUCGGUAGCAAACAACGUUUUGCACCCACGUUGCAGAACAUCACGGGAAUUCCAUGCGAAGUUUUGAGGGAUGGCCUGGCCGCGAAGCGCCUCAGCGUCGCACAGAUUAUGUCCUGGGCCGCCGACCGGAAAACGACGCGUGUGGAAGACCAGGCGUAUUCUCUUAUGGGGUUGUUCGGGGUGAACAUGCCAAUGUUGUAUGGCGAGGGCGAGAAAGCAUUUCAGAGGCUUCAGUUGGAAAUCAUUCGUGUAUCCAACGAUCACAGCAUAUUCGCAUGGUAUUCACCAACACCACGGCCAGGCAGUGUCCUUGCAGAGGAUCCACGCGACUUCCGGGGCUGCGGGCGCAUCAGAAAGUUGGAACCCCGCGAAUAUGUUGACAAACUAAUAUUCCUAGUGUAG